AUGCGCCUGAUGAAGCACGACGUCAACCUGGGCCGCGCCGUGUUCUGGGACAUGCGCAACCGCCUGCCGCGCAGCGUCAGCACCCUGGAGUGGGACAACAGCUUUGUCAGCGUCUACUCGCGCGACAACCCCAACCUGCUCUUCUCCAUGAGCGGCUUCGAGGUCCGCAUCCUGCCCAAGUGCCGCAUGUCGAGCGAGCACUUUGCGGCCAAGGACGGCGUGUGGGCGCUGCAGAACCUGGCCACCAAGGAGCGCACCGCUCAGGCCUUCCUGCGCGUGGAUGACGAGGCCCUCAAGACAUUCGAGAACAGGAUCCGACAGGUCCUGAUGUCGAGCGGGUCCACCACGUUCACCAAGAUCGCCAACAAGUGGAACACCGCGCUGAUCGGGCUCAUGACGUACUACCGGGAGGCCGUCAUCCACACGCAGGAGCUGCUGGACCUGCUGGUCAAGUGCGAGAACAAGAUCCAGACGCGCAUCAAGAUUGGCCUGAACUCCAAGAUGCCCAGCCGCUUCCCGCCGGUGGUCUUCUACUCGCCCAAGGAGGUCGGCGGCCUGGGCAUGCUGUCGAUGGGCCACAUCCUGAUCCCCCAGUCUGACCUGCGCUACAGCCAGCAGACUGACCUGGGGGUGACGCACUUCAGGGCCGGCAUGAGCCACGAGGAGGACCAGCUCAUCCCCAACCUCUACAGGCGCGCAGCCCGUCUUAUUGCUGUGUACAUCCAGCCGUGGGAGAGCGAGUUUGUGGACAGCGAGCGCGUGUGGAGCGAGUACGCCCUCAAGAAGGAGGAGGCGCGCGCCACCAACAGCAAGGGACUUGGGUGGCCACGGCCCUGA